AUCUUAAGGUAGAUAUGGUUGAAAUGUUGUUUUAGUUUUUAAAUUUUUUAUUUUUAUACAUUAAAUUUAAAAUGGGUAAAUGCCAUUCUUGUUUUACAACCACUCAAAAUGGAUUUUUGGGAUACAAAAAUCUAAAAAUUACUAAGCAACUUACAUUUAAAGUUCGCGACAAAAGGCAACAAAAGGGAAUUCAUAAUAUAAACAACGAUAACAAUAACAUAUCCUUAUCGACCGAAUUCAAUGGCGUCACGAGCGACCAUCUAAACGCGAUACCCAAACUUCAAUUGACUUCGCCGGGCCAAACCAAUUUCUCGCUAGACAUGAACCAUCUGGAGGAAAGCGAACUCAUAUUGGAGAGCAAGUAUUCCGACCUAGUCAUCCCAUCGAAUACCACCCUCUCCAAUUUCUUGAUCAACGAAUUCAAGAAAAUAGGCGACAAGGAAGCUGUGAUCGACAUAGCUCAAUCCAAAACAUUUACGUAUCCAAACCUCUUGACCCUAUCAAGGAACGUUUGCUCGUCCAUUUUGACCUACGAGAUAAAGCAAGGGGACGGGGUCGCGCUUUUACUCCCUAAUUGUUGCGAAUCCGUGUGCAUUUUUAUUGGCGUUAUCGGGGGUGGCGGAACCGUCAUAUUUAUCAAUUUGGAAUCCAAUGAUGAGGAGAUCGAAUUCCAAUUAUUAAAGUCGGCACCCAGAUUCGUUUUUACUACAAUGAAACAAGAGGAACGGAUUAAAGCGAUCUCUGAAAGUGUUAAAUCAAUCGAGCAAAUAUUCGUUUUAUUUGGUGAGUCUAAAUAUUGUAUAACUUACGCUCAAUUCCUAUCGGAAGCCGAUCCAACUGUCAUAGCCCGUACCAAGCUUUCCGUCGAACCCAAAACGGAUAUCGCCGCAAUAUUUUUUACACGUGGCAGAACCAGCGGUACCGCCCGAGGGGUCAUGCUCUCGCAUUACAAUAUCAUUGCUAAUCUAUAUCAGAUUCGCGUGAUGUACGACAUUCAUUCCAACGACCAAAUCUUCUCUACUAUACCAAUGCAUACAACCUAUGGGUUCGUUAUAUCCACCCUCUAUUCUCUAAUCCAAGGCUCCGCACUUUAUCUAUUGCCCGACUUUCAACCUGCUCUCUUUUUGGAAACCAUACAGAAAGGAAAAAUUUCCCACAUAUACAUGACGCCGGAUACCGCAAAUCUCAUAAACGAGGAUUCCUCCAUGGCGAAUUGCGACUUUUCGCAUGUCAAAGAAAUUAUUUUUGGGACCGAUCUACCCACCUCGCAUUUAGUCGAGGAAAUUAGGGCUAAAUACAAGACCCUUAAAGAUAUUAGAUUUAGUUUUUCUAUGACCGAACUCAGCCCAAUAAGUCACGUUACACCACCGAAAUCGUCCAGGGUCGGAUCCUUUGGCGUUGUACUACCUAACACUUUAUGCAAAUUACUAGCCGUAGAAAGUAAGGAACUUCUAGGACCCAACAGGAAGGGACAAAUGUGUCUCAAAGGUCCUCAAGUUUUUAUCGGUUAUCUAAACGACGAAGCGGCAACGGCUAAAGUACUUGGUGCUGAUGGUUGGUUUUACACUGACGACGUUGUGUAUUAUGACAAAGAACAACAUUUUUAUUACGUAUCCCCGAUCUCCGAUUAUAUCAAGAUGAAAGAACAAGGGAAACCUAGCAUAACUCCUCAGGAAAUUCAGGAAACUAGAGAAGAAUAUGGAGUUCACACUAAAUUUUGAAUCUAUAUUAUGGAUAAAACUCGAUUAUUUUACAACAAAUUUCGACUUUAUUUAUUUAAAUACACUUAAUUAAUAAUAAUAAUCACGUCGAAGUUUUUAUUUAUAUAAUAUAUUAUUUUUUAAUUAAACUUUAUUUCUGAUUUUAUUAAAUUAUUAUUAAUUUAAUCAAACUCUAUUUCUCAAAUAUCGUCAAAAUAUAAAAACACCACAAAUACUAAUAAUGAAUAUAUAUAAUAUAUA